AUGCCAACGACACCUGUAUUCAAGUCCAAGAGACAACAAAAGAUCUGGGAACGAGAAAGGCAACAAGUAGAAAACAAAAAGAGAAAUGCCAAUAGCUAUGUCAAUCAGGCUCCAUUUCGUUACUGUGAGCGAAACUUUAAAUCAAGAGUACCUCCUCCAGACUUUACCCAUGUUGUCGAUUUUAGCAAUCUCCCUGGAAACCAUACAAAAGAAAAUCUUGAGUCGAUUGUGCCUAUAAAGUUAUCUCGUAAUCUAAGCGAGCUUUCUGAUUUAUUCGGUGACCAUUUCUGCCAGGAUGCAUAUAUAUUAAAGCAUGUGCCAGGAUUGAUCAUCAUUCCUAGCGCUUUCACUCCCAAGGCUCAACGUCACUUGAUCAAGCAAUGUCUUUCAGUCUAUCCUCGUCCACCAAACACGUCAAACCUUGACACGCAUUAUAUUGUUCCUGCCUCGGGUAUUUGGCCACUUUACGAGGCACAAGAAAGAGGCGAGCUAACACCUAGCGAUCCCGAGUUUUAUGUACCAAAGAAAGCACAUGUUGACGGUGAUGAUGGUACUUAUAGCGAUUCUGAAGAUGAAACGAAGCAAGAAACACAAGCGACAUGUUCAUCUUGUACGCAGAUCACUGCCUGCUCUGAUGAUUUUAAACCCAUCGUUGACGAGCCCAAACCUGAUCCACCACCAGCACCUGGUGUGCCCUUAUUACCUCCAUCAGAACUCGUACGUAAAAUGCGCUGGAUAACACUUGGGUACCAGUAUCAUUGGCCAACAAAGACGUACCACCUUGAUCGUAGAUACCCCUUUCCAAAAGAUAUAGCAGAACUAAGCAAGGCGGUUGUCUAUGCUGUAGAAAACAUUGGAUACGAUAAUGGUGAAGGUCAAGCUUGGUUGAAUAAAUACAAAGGAGAUGAUUUCAAUGCAGAAGCUGGCGUCAUUAAUUAUUAUCAGUACAGGGAUACCCUAAUGGGACAUGUAGACAGAAGCGAAUUGAAUAUGGAUGCACCUUUAGUUUCCUUAAGUCUUGGACACUCUUGUAUAUACUUAAUAGGUGGAUUGACCAGAGAAACAGUGCCUACCCCUUUGUUAUUGAGAAGUGGAGAUGUUAUCGUCAUGACUGGACCAUGUAGAAAGGCUUUCCAUGGUGUUCCGUUGAUCAUAGAAGGCUCAUUGCCAGACUAUUUGUCAAAUAACAAUGAAUAUUCAGACUCACCAGACUGGAAGUUAUUUGGCGACUUUAUGAGCACCAGCCGUAUUAACCUUAAUAUCAGACAAGUCUAUCCUCCUGGCGAGAAACAGCAAUAG